AACAACCAUGAGCAUUGCGACCAAGGCGCUUUUGCUGCUCGCCGCGGCUGCAGUGCUGGCCACAAGCUUUCGCGAUGAGGACGAGUUGCAGGAGUGCUACAGUGUGAAAAAUCAAGAGGAAUUUGAUUGGAACAAGUUUGUGAAACAAGAGUGGAUGAUCGCGCUCGACCAAUUAGGAGGGCAUCCAUACACCAUGCGGGGUUGCCGUACGUACACGUUUUAUCCAAAGAACAAGGGACACCGGCUCCUCCGGGAAUACAGCCCAGAUUCGAAAGAUCCAUACUUCACCAAGAAAGAAAAUGCUACCUUCAAGAAAGGCAUCUUUCACGUAGUAGAAGAUUUCGAUUGCUAUGUUUGUGAUGAUCUGGAGCGCGUGGAGAUACUGGACACCGAUUAUGAGAACUGGGCCGUGAUACGUCACUGCAGACAAGACGUUGCGGAGUCGGAAGCGUACGAGUGGUUUCACAUUCUGCUCAAGAAAGGAUUCAUAAACAGCGUUCCCAGCGGUCUCGUGGAAAAGGCCCGCAAAGCCAUGAAGAAGAAAGGAAUCCGGAACGUAAAAAAGGUGAAACUGUGGCCGACACCUUGCGUACAAGAGUGAGCAACCAUCACGUCACGAGGUGCAAGGACACGUUGCCGGGCUAGUUGGUUGUUCACGAAGAGGCCGAGCAACUGCGCUGACGCGCAGUAAUAAA